UCAUCUUCACUUCCCAGUUUCACAUCAAACCCAACAAAAUGCAGAUGCAAAUACUCUGUUUAAGUAUCACUCUGUUCAUAGCUAUCUUCGUCUCUCAGGCCACUGAUGCUUACAGAUUCAAAUUCAAUCACUUCGGUAAUGGUUCCGAUCUAUUCACUUUCCACGGAGACGCAGAGUAUGGUCCAGACACCGAUGGCAUGAGCCGGUCCGGUUCUCUCGCAUUAACCCGAGACAAAACCCCUUUCUCUCAUGGCCGUGCCAUUUUCGUAAAUCCAAUCACUUUCAAACCCAAUUCUUCAUCUCUCUACCCUUUUAAAACCUCUUUCACUUUCUCAAUCACUCCUCACCAAACAAACCCUAACCCUGGUCACGGCCUCGCCUUCGUCGUCGUCCCCAACAACCAAAAAAACGACGCCGUUUCCGGUUCAGGCUACCUCAGUCUCGUGAACCGAACCAGCAACGGUAACCCAAGUAACCACCUCUUCGCCGUUGAGUUCGAUGUGUUUCAGGACAAAUCUCUUGGCGACAUCAACGAUAACCAUGUCGGGAUCGACAUCAAUUCCGUCGAUUCGGUGGUUUCUGUGAAAUCCGGUUAUUGGGUUAUGACGAGAAACGGAUGGUUGUUCAAGGAAUUGAAGUUGAGCAGUGGAGACAAGUACAAGGCUUGGAUCGAGUACAACAACAAUUACAGAGUCAUCUCCGUUACGAUCGGGUUUGCGCAUCUGAAGAAACCGAAUCGGCCAUUGAUCGAAGCUAAAUUCGAUCUCUCCAAGGUUCUUCUCGAGAAAAUGUAUACCGGUUUCGCCGGUUCUAUGGGUCGUGGCGUCGAGCGUCACGAGAUAUGGGACUGGACUUUCCAGAACUAAAAACCGGUUUUGUUUGGUUCUCGAUCGGUUUAGAUCGGUUUUCGUUUGUUUGUGUCUGGUUUUAGUACUUUCAGCUAGUAGUUUGACGAUGUUUUGUAUCAUUGUUGUGUCAAAUUUCUAGAUGCGAAUAAAUGCCCAAGUGAUGACUUAUUGACACACUGUUGUAUCAUUGUUUGUUUGUCAUGUUUCUAGAAACUUUUACAAGGACGCUUAAUUCCUGAUUUAGUAU